GACAGCGCAGCCACUGAACCACAGACACAUAACCGGAAUCACCCACAUCAUCAUCAGUCUGUGCGGUGGAGAUCACGAGAAUGGCUGCUAACAGUAGCGAGGUGACAGUUCUGGCGAGUGAUUCGACUGGCGGCGAUGAGGGAACCAAACUGUUGGCGAUUUUUGUGCUCGGAUUGGGCAGUGUGGUGUGCGGAUUGAUUCCCGUGUUCUGGACCAAGCAGCAGAGCAGACCCACCAUGAUAACGGUGCUGCUAUGCUUCGGAGCGGGAGUUUUGCUGGCCACCGCCCUGGUUCAUAUGUUGCCCGAGGUGCGGCUGCUGUUGCCACGAUAUGCCGAAGUGAUAUUCUGUGCCGGUUAUUUCUGAUCUAUGCCGUGGAGGAGUUCGUGCAUCUGUGCCCUAGUGGGGCGCCCGAGUUCGAUGUGGACUAGGCAGUUGCUGCGGCGGGGAAUCCGUUUCGUUGAUUAGCAGAAGCAAUUCGAUUAGCGUAACUCACACGGAAAUGGAAAACUCCACGGCUCCCUCCUCCGAAGAGAACCCAGACUCCCAUGGUUCAACCGGGACCUUUAGCCUGCUGCUGGCUCUCUGUGUCCACUCACUGCUCGAAGGCCUAGCCAUCGGCGUUCAGAACUCCUCUGCCAAAGUACUUCUACUGUUGGGAGCCGUCAGUGCACACAAAUUUGUGGUCGCCUUCUGUUUGGGAGUGGAGGUGAGUUCACACCAACUGCAGCAGGGAGGCCGUCGCCAAUCCAGCAUAGUGCAGAUUGUGAUAUUUUCGCUGGGCUCGGUCUGCGGUAUUGCCAUCGGAAUGGCCCUGGACGGACUGGACGAAAACCUUUAACCGCGUGGUGAUACCGGUACUGCAGGCGAUUGCUGGAGGCACGCUGCUCUAUGUGACGGUCAGCGAGGUGCUACCACGGGAACGGGGCAAGCGAAAACCGGGAGCGGUGGUUGGAGCUUGGCAGUUGCUUGCGGUGAUCGCCGGAUUCAUUGUGAUGACUUUCUUGAGCAUGGCUAUAACGGAACAAUAAAUUUUGUUAUUUGAUAUAAAAA